AUGGCGGAACCCAAAACCAAGUAUGAUCGUCAGUUGAGAAUAUGGGGUGAGCAAGGACAGGCUGCGCUUGAGAAAGCGAGUAUAUGUUUAUUGAAUUGUGGGCCCACUGGUUCCGAGACCUUAAAGAAUCUUGUACUAGGUGGGGUUGGAAGCAUCACUGUCGUUGAUGGAUGUAAAGUUGAAGUCAGUGACCUGGGGAAUAACUAUUUUGUGGAUGAAUCAUGUGUUGGACAGUCAAAGGCAAAAUGUGUUUGUACGUUUCUUCAGGAGUUGAACGAUGCUGUUAAAGCUAAGUUUAUUGAAGAAUCUCCUGAGGCUUUGAUUGAGACUAAUCCAUCAUUUUUCUCAGAGUUCACACUGGUUGUAGCCACACAGUUGGUUGAAGAUACGAUGGUAAAGUUGGACAGAAUCUGCCGUGAUGCAAAUGUUAUGUUGGUGUUCGCACGCUCGUAUGGUUUAACUGGUCUUGUACGGAAUAGUGUGAAGGAGCAUACUGUUAUCGAGUCAAAGCCUGACCACUUUUUGGAUGAUCUCCGGCUAAAUAACCCAUGGCCGCAGCUUAGAAGUUUUGCUGAAACAAUUGAUUUGGACACAUCGGAUCCAGUCGUCCAUAAGCACACUCCAUAUGUGAUCAUUCUCGUUAAAUUGGCAGAAGAGUGGGCCAAAAGUCACAGUGGAAGUCUUCCAUCAAGUAGGGAUGAGAAGAAACAAUUCAAGGUUGAAGAUGUGGAACUAAUCAAAGCCAGGAUGGUUGCAAUGGAUGAGGACAAUUAUAAAGAGGCAAUGGAAGCGUCAUUCAAAUUGUUUGCGCCUAGAGGAAUUAGUUCUGAAGUGCAGAAGAUAAUUAAUGAUAGCUGUGCCGAGGUUGAUUCCGGUUCAUCAGAUUUUUGGGUGAUUGUAGCAGCUUUAAAGGAGUUCAUAGCUAAUGAAGGUGAGGGCGAGGCACCUCUUGAGGGAUCGAUUCCAGAUAUGACAUCGUCUACUGAGUUGUAUGUAAAUUUACAGAAGAUUUAUCAAGCGAAGGCUGAGGCAGAUUUUCUUGCUGUGGAACGAAGGGUCAGGGAUAUACUGAAAAGAAUUGGUAGAGAUCCAUACAGCAUCACAAAGGCAAACAUAAAAAGUGUCUGUAAAAAUGCGAGAAAGCUCCGAGUUUGCAGAUACCGCUCUAUAGAGGAUGAGUUUAGCACUCCUGUCCAAGCAGAGUUACAGAAGUGCCUGACUGAUGAAGAAUAUAGUUACGCCACAGGGUUCUACAUUCUGCUUCGUGCUGUUGAUCGUUUUGCCGCAAACUAUAAUAGUUUCCCUGGCCAGUUUGAUAGUGGAAUGGAUGAGGACAUCUCAAGGUUGAAAAGUAUUGCUGUCAGCCUGCUCGGCGAUGUAGGCUGCAAUGGUUCAUCCUUGAUUGACGAUCUCAUCAGUGAAAUGUGUCGAUAUGGUGCUGCAGAACUUCAUGCCGUUGCUGCUCUCAUUGGCGGAAUUGCAUCGCAGGAGGUGAUCAAGCUCAUCACAAGACAGUUUGUUCCCAUGCGUGGGACAUUUAUCUUGAAUGGCAUUGAUCACAAAUCUCAACUAUUGCUUUUGUAG